AUGGGAAAUAUUAAAGAAAUUAAAAUUUGUAAUGAUAUUAAGUAUACGUUUGAUGAAUGGCAAAAGUUAGAGAUUGAAGAAAAAAAAGAAUUUAAGCGUAAAGUACUUUUGUUAAUAUACCAUGAAGAGAUUAAAUCAUGGACAAAGAUAUGGGAUAAAGAAUAUUUAUAUAUUUUUUUAAUUGACAAAAUGUCUAAUCAUUGCGAGAAUGAAGAAUUACAGAAACAAAUUAAAUUUGAAAUGAGUAAAGAUUUAAAAGAUUUAUAUUUGCAAACUAUUAAAGAUACUUUGAUAGAAAAAUAUUAUCAAACAACAUUCGAAUUUAAAGAUCAUAUGAUCAUAUUCAAAUAUAAAAAUGAAAAAUAUAAGAUCCUUAGGGAAUAUCUUGAUAAAAAAGUUGCUGAUGGUAUAAAGCCUUAUUUAAUAAAUCAAUACUGGAACGAUAUUAAAGCUUAUCAUAUUUACUUUAUCAAUUUAAAAGAACAUCUUUUAAAACCAUAUUCAGUUUAA